GGAAAGCAGUCAUGGCGUUCGUAUGUCAGAAGUGCAAGGCCCCUCUACAGUUAGACUCGUCCCUCGUCGACCUGGCUCCGUCAGCCUAUGACAUGAUCGUAGGCUCCCUUCCCUCCCAUCUCAACACAGGCUACCAUCCACCUUCGUCUGAGGCCGACCAAUUGGCUCAAUUACCUGCCUCUCCAUCCGUCAAAGCUGCAUGGCUAGCGUCUGCACAAGCCAAUGGAGUCAGACCCAAUGGUCAUGGCAUGUCCUUGUCUCCUCGCGCACAGGGCAAACAACCACAGCGCGCGCUAGGUCCAAACGAAAGCUUCGUACUAUUGCAGGAUAGUGUCAUCAGAAAUAUUCCGUCAACAGACCCCUCAUCACCCCAGGGUCACAGGAGCAGGGCGCUGGGGAAUGCGAAUGGGAUUGGUUUGAAUGGGGCCAGUGGAGGGAGAGGCUCUUCGUCUGGUGGGAGCGGUGGCGAAGGAGACGGGCAAGGCGAUCGUCACAAUUCAAUGCCUUCGAAUCCUUCACCUUUAUCGCAUCAUCUCAGGUCAACGCAAAAGUUGUUGAACCUCAUAUCGACCCGUACGGACGUUGACCAUCCACUAUGCUCCGAAUGCACACAUAUAUUGAUGUCGAAUCUAACGAGGCAACUAGAGGAGACGAAGAAGGAGAGAGAUGGAUAUAUUGCGUAUGAGAAGGAAGUGAGGAAGGAGAGGGAGCGGGAGAAGGAUGGAUUGUCGAAGGAGGAGGCCGAACGUCGGAUUGAGAGAUUGAAGGAGGACGAGAGGAUUGCUGUCGAUCAGUUGAGGGAGGCGGAAAGGGAGAGGGAGCAGCUCGCCGAUGAAAUGAGGGCGCUGGAAAUGGAGGAAAAGGCGUUAGAAGAAGAGGAGGAAGAGUUCUGGCGAGCACACAAUGCACACCUCUUGAAAUCAGCCGAACAGAACUCACAGCUGGCUGCGCUACGAGCCGCGUAUGCGGCGGACUCGGCCACACUGGAUCGCCUCGAGCGUACAAACGUUUACAACGAUGCUUUUUGCAUCGGGCACGACGGUGUCUUCGGAACUAUUAAUGGACUCCGUUUGGGCAGAGUGCCAGGAGUUCCAGUGGAAUGGGCGGAAAUCAAUGCAGCAUGGGGACAGACGUUACUUCUGCUCUACACCAUCGCCCGCAAACUUGAUUUCACGUUCGAGAAUUACCGUCUUGUUCCCAUGGGUUCCUUCUCUCGUAUCGAGCGAAUCUCCGGCGACAAGGCGACAUACGAGCUUCAUGGCUCUGGUGAUCUGCACCUUGGUCGAUUGCUCCACAAUCGACGGUUCGACUUCGCCAUGGUAGCGUUCCUCGAGUGCCUGAAGCAGAUCAUCGACUGGGCAAAGUCGCAGGAUCCAAGCGUAGAGUUUCCACACCAAAUCGUCAAGGACAAGAUAGGAGAAGCCUCCGUCAAGCUUCAGUUCAGCCAAGAAGAGGCUUGGACGCGGGCCUUGCGUCACGUUCUGUUGGCACUGAAGCUUCUCUUGAAGUGGACGACAAAUGUGGGGUAAACGUCAAUAUCAUAUCGGCGUCGUCUGAUUCCUCCGUGUAUGUUUGCCUCCGUUGAGGCUUCUAUUUCAUCCUCAUCAGCGAGGCCCUUCGUCCGUUUCCUUCCGAUAUCUACUUACUAUCUACUUCUUUCAUGAUCUGCGUGGUCCACUGACCAGUACUAUGGAUUCAGUAUGCGGCGAGUGGAGAUCUUGUUGUAUUCUGAAUUUUUGCCCACCGCUCGCGGUGGCGCUUGAUCAAUAUGGCUUGACCCAUUGUUAUCUCGACUAGGUGAUAUGUUCUAUGCCAAUUCUGUUUUGAGGUCUUAAGUCCUAUGGUUGAGUGUCCAAUCGAUUGUGAGGGUGGUUCUCUAGGGAACUAACU